CGACACACCCUCUCCCUUUUCCUCCUCCAGAACGCACGUCGCCGUCGCAUCGCGCCGUCGCCAACCCCCGCAGAUUUCGAGCCGCAGUUAUGUUCCCUCUGCAACGCGAACUCCACAACUGUUGAUGGCGACGGCGGGUACGCUCUCCUCUCACCGCCCGUCAGGACCCGCCUCCAAAUGAAUGGCAAGAGCCGCUUUGCGAGGACUCCUCCGUCUCCGACGCGCCGCCGCCGCUGCCUCCACCGCGAGAUCUAGCCUCGGCUUCUUUUCCUCGCAUUCAUGUCGGCCGUCUCCGGUUGAGAGCGGGGACAGUUCCCUGUUUGAUUCGAGCCUCGAGCUUCUCGAAACCUGCCGGAGCGCUCGAGAGCUGCUGCAGGUUCACGCGCGGCUGAUCACUUCGGGCCUCAUCCGCAAGGCGGCUCUGUCCAGCAGAGUCCUGAGGACACAUCUGGAGCUGGGUCACGUUCAAUACGCGAUCUUGACAUUUGGGUACAUUCGUUCUCCGGGUACUUUCUGCGUCAAUACCGCGGUUGAGGCUUACUCGGUUAGCUCGGUGCCGAGCGAUGGUGUUCGGUUGUAUUUUAAGAUGCUCGGGCGCGGGGACUUUGUCCCGAACAGCUACACUUAUGUGCCGCUCCUCGGCUGUUGUGCUAAGAUGGGUUGUGCUGGAACCGGAAAGAAGUGUCACGGGCAAGCCGUCAAGAAUGGGGUUGAGGGGGUUUUGCCAGUGCAGAACUCGCUGAUUCACAUGUACGGUUCUUGUGGGGUUGUUGAGAUUGCCCGGAUGUUGUUCGAUGAAAUGCAGCAGAGGGAUUCGGUGUCUUGGAACGCCACUAUGUAUAUGUAUGUCAGAGUAGGUGAUUUGGUGUCCGCACGCAACAUAUUUGUCGAAAUGCCUGAGAAAAAUGUGGCUGCAUACAACAUCUUGAUUGCUGGGUAUGUGAAGGGCGGGAAUCCUGGGGCCGGGUUAAAAUUGUUUCGAAAUAUGAUGUCCAAGGGAGUGAGAGCCAGCAGUAGGACUAUGGUUGGCGCAGUUAUGGCAUGUGGAAGGUCAGCCAGACUGAAAGAAGGGAAAUCAGUUCAUGGCUUUCUCAUCAAGAACUUCUUGGAAUCGAAUAUCUUGAUAGACACAACUUUGAUAGAUAUGUAUAGUAGGUGUGAACGGGUGGAUGUGGCGUGCAAAUUGUUUGACAGAAUUGAGGUAAAGAAUCCGGUAUGUUGGAAUGCCAUGAUCUUAGGGCAUUGCAUCCAUGGGAAUCCAACCGACGGGAUACAACUAUUUGAAGACACAUUAGGUAGACUUAGGUCAGGGAAUUCUGGCAAAAAGAAAAGGAAAAAACGGAAAAGAAAGGGAUUGGUGAUGGUGGAACGGCGAGAAAUUUUUCCAGAUGAAGUUACUUUUGUUGGUAUUUUGUGUGCUUGUGCACGCGCCGGACUCCUGGAAGAGGGCAGAAACUACUUCAGCAAAAUGACCAGUAGUUUCGGAAUCAAACCCAAUUUCGCACAUUACUGGUGCAUGGCCAAUCUGCUUUCUGAAGCUGGGCUCGUUCAGGAAGCAGAGGAGAUACUGAGGUGCAUGCCUCAAGAUGACAAUGACAUGUCAUCACAAGCCUCUUCAUGGGCUAACUUGUUGUCUUCAUGUCGGUUUAAAGGCACUGUGGCAGUGGGCGAAAGGAUAGCACAGUCACUUAUUGAGAAGGAUCCUCAAAAUUUCUCGUAUUACCAGCUAUUGCUAAACGUAUACGCGGUGGCUGGUCAGUGGGAAGAAGUUGUCAGGUUGAAAGACGUGAUGAAGAAAAAGAAGAUUGGAAGGAUACCGCAGUGCGGUCUCAUAGACUUGAACGACAUUGUUCAUCGGCUCAGAGUGAGUGAUAUUUGGCAAGAAGAGAUGCAGAUUGCUCAAGGGUCAAAUUGAGGAAACAACUCGAUGAGUGACCUGACUCUGAAUUUGAGCGGCCACAAUACAAAUCUGCAAUGUACAUCGAAGCGGCAUUAUUCAUACCAUAGGAGGCCAUCUUCGGACCUGAUGGAAUUUUGCAUUUAUAGAGGAACCAUGUGGAAGAUAAGAUCUCGACUUCGCAGCUCGUUGAUAUGGGUCUGAAUGCAUAAGAAGCUUGCCUGUCGAGGUUUUUCAUCUCAGGGAAGUUCGGGCGUGAGACAUUGUAUCCGGACAACGAACUGCAGAAACUCAAAAGUGUUCCCUGUACUCGAUUGAAAAUUUACUCCAACUGUUACCAUUAGUUUAGUUCGCCCUCAUUUUUUACUCAUAUAUUUAAAAGUGAUACAAUGAAAUAAAAUGAUUCUCAUAGUUUUAUCUUUGAUGCUACGGUUUCUGAAAUUGAUUUUGGGGGAAAUUUCAAAUAAGGAUGUGAAGCAGAACCGUUUUUUUAAAAGAUGGUUUGAUGUGAAUAUUGUCUCAAGUAAGGACAGAGAGUGAUCAACUAUGUCUCAAAUAAGGGCCAGCUGGCUAUGAUAACAUGCUUAUAUUCGUCAAGCUCCUGGCUGACUUUCUCCACUGACUCCCAAUGCGUGUUUGUCGGGGUCGGCAUCCACAAGAACGUGGGGAAACUACUAUGUGACUAUGACGAAGCCAACCCGGUGGAGCGGAGGGAGCUGGGUCAAGAGGAGCUGAGGAGCACCGGGCUGAAGAUGCCGACGAAUGACAAGGUAGGUCAUAUGGAGGCAGAUGGAGAAGCCGAAGCAAGCUUGCAGGUUCAGUACGCAUACCUCGACAGCCGUGGUAGUCAACGCAAGGCUCAGUCACUGAAGAACCUGCGGAGGUUACUAAAUCAAUCUCGCUCCACUGUGUAAAUGUAAUCUGUUUCAAAACGUUUCUAUCUAAAAGAGAGAGCAGAUAUGCUUAGAGGAAACUACUCAAUGCUAGAUCACUCUUACAGCCUCACUCUGCGUGCAUGACAAGGGUGUUGUCUGCUGUCUUCCUUCAUAGUUACGUUUGUUAUUUGAUUGCUCCCCUCCGCACACAGUGUGGGAUGGAAUCAUUUUCUUUGUCUUGCUAGUGUCCAUCGUGCCAAUGGAGAUUGGAUUUCAGA